AUGGGAAUUCAAGAACUUGAACCACCGUCUACCUUCAAAGGUACCACAUACGUCGAUGGCGAGGCGUCUGGAAUAUUGAUGACAAGUGACCUAGAAUUGAGCUUCUGGGGUGGUGUCAGUCCUCAGACAAGCCAUGUUAUCGACAAACACCAUCCAUUGAGUGGGCAAGAGCUCAAAAGCAGAGUUCUUGCUAUCCCUGGUGGACGUGGCUCAUGCACUGGCAGCACGGUCAUCCUGGAAUUGCUCCUGAACCGAAUAGCACCAGCCGCCUUGAUAUUUGAACGGAGGGAGGAGAUCCUCACCCUCGGUGUCAUUGUUUCAGAAGAAAUAUUUGGAAUCGCGAUUCCAGUUAUGACGCUUAAUCCGUCUGAUUUUCGACAAUUGGUGAAACUCAAUGGGCAGACUGUUCAAAUUUCCAACAGUCAGAUAUCCACCUAUCAUCCUGGUGAUGGAGCUGCCAAAAUAAUACACGAGAUUGAUUCAUCUAAGCCCGAAUUCUCCAGCUCUGAACUGAAUCUGACGGAACUUGACUACGCUUUUCUUAAAAAUGAACAUGGAGAUGCUGCCCGGGCGGCGAUGCGUAUAGUAUUGCGUCUAGCCAGAGUGAUGGGCGCGACAGAGCUGAUGGAUGUUACUCAGGUCCAUGUUGAUGGAUGUGGCUACACGGGGAAAGGAGCACUGGCGUUUGCGGAGAAUCUUCGUGAUCGUGGAGGCAAAGUUAGAGUUCCAACAACUUCGAAUUCAAUUUCCGUCGACAAGAAUCUUCAGCGCGUCCAAGGUGCCAAUGAAGAAUUUACUGAUGGAGCCACAAGGCUAGCGGACGCAUAUACUGACAUGGGAGCUCGACCAACAUUCACAUGUGCACCAUAUCAACUCAACACAGCCCCAGGACUAGGAGAGCAAAUAGCCUGGGCCGAAUCGAAUGCAGUUGUUUAUGCCAAUAGUGUACUCGGUGCGAGGACUAUGAAAUAUCCCGAUUUCUUGGAUAUUUGUAUCGGAUUGACUGGCCGUGCCCCUAAGGGAGGCCCUCACGUUGAAAUCAAUAGACGUGCAACCCUUAUUGUGGAGGCUCCCAAAGUCUCAACUGAUAAUAUCGACGAUUCUUUCUAUCCAUUGCUUGGAUAUCACGUCGGCAGUGUUGCCGUGAGCGAGAUUCCUGCCGUCACUGGGAUCAAACAUCUUGCCCCAACUAAGGACGACUUGAAGGCCUUUGGGGCAGCAUUUGCGACUGUCUCUGGCGCUCCUAUGUUUCACAUUGUUGGUGUGACCCCAGAGGCUCCAACCCUGGAAGCCGCCACAGGUGGAGCAAUGGCGAUACGGUCUGUUGAGACAAAAAUCACCGAUUUGAUCAAAUGCUGGAACGAGUUAAACACUGCUCCAAAAGGACAGCCAGUCGAUUUGGUAUCUCUGGGAAAUCCGCACUUCUCAUUAUCUGAAAUCCGGCAUCUCGCUCGACUCUGCAAAGGCCGUACAAAGGACCCCAACGUUCACGUUAUGGUAACAUGUGGGCGAACAACAUACGCCUCAGCCUGUCGGUCGAAGUUGACCGAUGAUUUAGAGGAAUUUGGAGUGCAAUUUAUUACAGAUACUUGCUGGUGCAUGAUUACAGAGCCAACGAUUCCGCAGACUACAAAUGCCACCAUGACAAAUUCAGGAAAAUACGCACACUAUGGUCCUGGGCUUACAGGGAAGAGCUUCUAUUUUGGCGAUCUUGCCAGGUGCGUUGAUGCCGCCUGUGGAGCAAACUAUGCUGAAGCGAGACCAUGUUGGCUUGAAUGA